AUGGAGAUGGCUCCGUCUAUCAUCCCUGAACUACAUCGACAAUCUCUCCCGACCCGCAGCAGACAGCAGCCUCAAAAUAACCUUCAUAAUCCUCUUCCCCUAUCUGCUUCUCAAGAAGCUGAAGUUCGCAAUCUUUACCACAAACGUGUCCGCACAAAAUGCGCCGACGUGAUUAAAGAUUUUGCCGAUUGCGCCCGCGGCCGCACCAUCAGCGUCGCCUGGCAUUGCCGCGACCAACAUUUGGCCAUGAACAGCUGCAUGAUCCAGUACGCCACGAAGGCGGAGGAAGAUGCAGCGAGGGAAGAGUGGUUCCAAGGGAUUUUGGCCAGGAGGAAGCAGAGGGAGGAGGAGCUUGCUGCCGUAGAGAGACGGAGGACGGAAGUUAUUGAGAUGACGAGACGGCAGGAGGAAAAGGAAAGGGUAGAGGCAGAGAGGAAGAAGAAGGAACAGGAGGAAAGCAAAAGAGAGAAAGAUGGAGCCAAAGCAAAAGGAGGGUUUUGGUGGCGAUGA